AAAGAGUGCGCCGACCUGGUACCUGAGCGCCAGCGCCGACCUGGUACCUGAGCGCCAGCGCCGGCCAGGCACGGGCGGCGUGUACCGGUACCUGACAUGCGGCCAGGGUGGUGUCGCAGCGCAGAUUCUGUGCAGCCCAGCUCUCUCUCUCUAAUCCUCCUCCUCCGCCUCCUCGCUUUCGCCUCUCUGUCUUCCCUUUACCUGUGGCUUGGUGGCUUUUUUUCCCUUCUUUUCGUGUUUGCGUUCGUCUUCGCCUUGACCUGCCUUGCAGACGCCGUAGCAGCAGCUUCACUGGCCGUCGAUUUUCACCUGCUGGCUGAGCUACACUUUCUCCCUUGUUGCGUCCUUUGCUUGUGUUUUGUAAAGUCGAGUCUUUCGCGCUGCUCUUUUUCGCCUUCUCUUCUCUUUCCGACUUCGAAACACCAAGAUAUUCGUUGCCGAUUCUGGAAUCUCCGCCGUUGAUACGUCUGGAACGAGAGCGUUGAGAAAACGUUCAUUUGCCCUCUUCACUUGUUGAUUCACCUUGUUGAUCGUCCCGA